AGUGCAUCCUUCCCCCUGCCAAAUCAGUGGUGGUCACAUUCUUACCAGCUCUUUGGCUAAUCUCAGUACUUGCCAGCUUGGCAUUUCAGCUACAUGUUCUGACUGCUUCUCUUUAACUUCAGUCUGAGAUCUUGGAAUGCUGUAUUUUGGGAGUAGUGGGCCCAUUCCCUACAGAGAUGUUCAAUCAAAAGAGAGCAAAGAAGACUUUGCAGUGUUAACAUAUUUUUUAAAGAUAAUUUGGUAUUGCCCAAAGAAGAUGACCAAUUCUUAUAUACGGAAUGUUGUUAAAAUAUGUGGCAGCAUAUUAUCAGGGUUCAGUGUAGCUUCAUGUAGGGAAGAACAGGGAAACAUCAAUUGCUUGAGGUGCAAAAUGAUUUAGUAUUAGCUUGGCUGUUAGGUUUUCUCAACAUUUAAGUUCUUCAUUAGUAAAAACUGCAGCAUUUCAUUAGUAAUGGAAUAGUUGUUUUAAUCCCAAAAAAGGAAGCUUCUAAAGGUUUAAUAUGCAGAGCAGGUCUAAUCUGUACCUACUGACCUUUUGCCAUUUCCCCAUUCCUCUGCUUUGUGAUAUGGUGGACUUCACAUUGUGGUUCCAUUAAUAUGACUGGGAAGAAGGCUGGGAGUAGGUCAGAUGGAAAACCAGAUACAACCACACUUCUUAAGCAGGAGAUGUAUUUAUGGAACAAACUAGAUAGCAUAUGUUCAAUUUUACUAUAUUAUCAGUAAUUGAGGGAUGGACAGAGGGUUGUUGAGAUGUUCAAUGUUGUGUCAAUAGUGAGAAAUGAGAAUAAUAACCUGAUUUAUGGUCAGAGGAAUGAUUCAGUGUUUCUAGACUAGGUCAUACACUUCCUUCAUACUCCACCCUUCCUUGUGAAUUAUUCAAUCAACAGCUCCUAUGAAUAUUGGGAGUGGCGCUGUGUGUGUGUGUGUCCACGCGUACAAACUACUUUGUUGAGCAGUGCUCAUUUAUUCUCUAAUUGUCAUGCUGAUUGUUAUUCUCAUGAAACAUAUUGUCUCUUUCUAAAGCUGAACUGUGAACUUAUCUGUUCAUGCAGAGUUGGGAAAACCAAAUGCUUCAAGGGGACAUUACUCAGAAGGGGUAUGAGAAGAAAAGGGCAAAGCUGUUGGCUCCAUAUUUCCCACAGACUCAAGGGAUCGACCUAGGAGUGCAGAAGGAGCCCCGAAACCAGACACCUGCUCCAUCUGCAGCACCAGCACCAUCUUCAUCGAAGUAUCACCGGGCACGCUCUGGGGGAGCCAGGGAUGAACGCUAUCGGUCUGAUAUCCACACAGAGGCAGUGCAAGCAGCACUGGCAAAACACAAGGAACAGAAGAUGGCCCUGCCCAUGCCAACAAAAAGACGGUCCACAUUUGUACAGUCUCCUGCUGAUGCCUGCACGCCUCCAGACACGUCUUCUGCGUCCGAAGAUGAAGGGUCGCUCAGGCGCCAGGCUGCUCUAUCUGCUGCAUUGCAUCAGAGCUUACAGAAUGCUGAGUCAUGGAUCAACCGAUCUAUUCAGGGGUCAUCCACAUCUUCAUCAGCAUCUUCUACACUAUCCCAUGGAGAAGGCAAAGGGACCAGUGGGUCACUAGCUGAUGUAUUUGCCAGUACUCGAAUAGAAAACUUCUCAGUUCCCCCGGAUGUUACUGCAACUACCUCCACACCUGCUUCUUCUGCACGCCCAUCUGCUAUUGACCUUCCUCCAUCGGGCAUAGUGAAGGGCAUGCACAAAGCAUCCAACCGGUCCAGCCUUAUGGACACAGCUGAUGGUGUCCCUGUAAAUAGCAGAGUCUCCACAAAAAUUCAGCAGCUGCUCAAUACUCUGAAGCGACCAAAGCGGCCACCUCUGAAGGAGUUUUUUGUGGAUGAUUUUGAAGAAAUCGUGGAAGUUCCACAGCCAGACCCAAAUCAGCCCAAGCCAGAGGGACGUCAGAUGACGCCUGUGAAGGGAGAGCCUCUGGGAGUUGUUUGCAAUUGGCCUCCUGCUUUGGAAGCAGCUCUGCAACGCUGGGGAACAACACAAGCCAAAUGCUCUUGUUUGACAGCCCUGGAUGUUACUGGGAAGCCUGUCUAUACCCUGACAUAUGGGAAGCUGUGGAGCAGAAGCCUGAAGCUGGCCUACACAUUGCUGAAUAAACUGGGCACCAGAAAUGAACCUGUGCUGAAACCCGGAGAUAGAGUAGCCCUUGUUUAUCCCAACAAUGACCCUGUCAUGUUCAUGGUGGCGUUCUUUGGCUGUUUGCUGGCAGAAGUCAUCCCAGUGCCGAUAGAGGUACCUCUAACCCGAAAGGAUGCUGGUGGUCAACAGAUUGGUUUCCUGCUGGGCAGUUGUGGCGUUGCUUUAGCCCUCACCACUGAGGUUUGCCUGAAGGGUCUCCCCAAAACACAGAAUGGAGAAAUUGUUCAGUUCAAAGGUUGGCCUAAGCUGAAAUGGGUUGUAACAGAUUCCAAAUAUCUCUCCAAGUCGCCAAAGGACUGGCAACCCAACAUUUCAAAUGCAGGGUCUGAGCCGGCUUACAUUGAGUACAAGACCAGCAAGGAAGGGAGCGUGAUGGGUGUAACUGUGUCUCGAAUCGCCAUGCUGUCUCAUUGUCAGGCUUUGUCUCAGGCCUGCAACUACUCUGAAGGUGAAACCAUAGUGAAUGUCCUGGAUUUCAAGAAGGAUGCAGGCUUGUGGCACAGCAUGCUAACAAGUGUAAUGAACAAGCUGCACACCAUCAGCGUGCCCUACUCAGUGAUGAAAACCUGCCCUCUUUCUUGGGUACAGAGGGUUCACACUCACAAAGCUAAGGUAGCUUUGGUUAAAUGCCGAGAUUUGCACUGGGCCAUGAUGGCUCACCGGGACCAAAGAGAUGUCAAUUUAAGUUCCCUGCGGAUGCUGAUUGUAACUGAUGGUGCUAACCCCUGGUCUGUAUCUUCCUGUGAUGCUUUCCUGAGUUUAUUCCAGAGCCAUGGGCUUAAACCAGAAGCAAUAUGUCCCUGUGCCACAUCCCCUGAAGCAAUGACUGUGGCAAUUCGGAGGCCUGGUGUUCCAGGGGCACCUUUGCCUGGAAGAGCUAUCUUAUCAAUGAAUGGGUUGAGCUAUAGUGUCAUCCGUGUCAACACAGAAGAUAAGAAUUCUGCUCUUACUGUACAGGAUGUUGGUCACGUGAUGCCAGGUGGAAUGAUGUGCAUAGUGAAACCAGAUGGUCCUCCUCAGCUCUGUAAGACAGAUGAGAUUGGUGAAAUCUGUGUUAGCUCCAGAACCGGAGGGAUGAUGUACUAUGGGCUUACUGGAGUAACUAAGAACACAUUUGAGGUCAUUCCUGUGAAUUCAGCUGGCUCUCCUGUGGGUGAUGUACCAUUUGUGCGCUCUGGAUUGCUGGGUUUUGUUGGACCUGGUAGCCUGGUAUUUGUUGUUGGAAAAAUAGAUGGGAUGCUUAUCGUUAGUGGACGCAGACAUAAUGCUGACGACAUCGUGGCCACAGGACUGGCAGUUGAAUCUAUAAAAACAGUUUAUAGAGGAAGGAUUGCAGUGUUUUCUGUGACUGUGUUUUACGAUGAGAGGAUUGUGGUGGUAGCUGAGCAGCGGCCAGAUGCCUCUGAAGAGGACAGUUUCCAAUGGAUGAGUCGUGUGCUACAGGCGAUCGACAGCAUUCAUCAAGUGGGAGUAUAUUGCCUUGCUCUUGUUCCAGCCAAUACUUUGCCAAAAACUCCUCUGGGAGGGAUCCAUAUAUCUCAGACCAAACAACACUUCCUAGAAGGGUCACUGCACCCAUGUAACAUCCUCAUGUGCCCACACACAUGUGUAACCAAUCUGCCAAAACCCAGGCAAAAACAACCAGGUGUUGGCCCUGCCUCUGUGAUGGUGGGAAACCUGGUUGCAGGGAAGCGCAUCGCACAGGCCUCUGGGCGGGAUCUCGGACAGAUAGAGGAGAACGACUUGGUGAGAAAGCACCAGUUCUUGUCUGAGGUACUCCAGUGGAGAGCACAAGCAACUCCCGAACAUAUGCUUUUCCUCCUGCUCAAUGCCAAGGGGGCCCCAGUAUGUACAGCCACCUGCCUGCAGCUGCACAAGCGAGCUGAGCGAAUCGCAUCGAUUCUGUAUGAAAAGGGACACCUCAAUGCUGGGGAUAAUGUGGUGCUGCUCUAUCCUCCUGGUAUCGAGCUCAUUGCAGCGUUUUACGGCUGCCUGUAUGCUGGCUGCAUCCCAGUAACCGUCCGGCCGCCACACGCCCAGAACCUCACUGCUACUUUGCCCACCGUGCGGAUGAUUGUAGACGUCAGCAAAGCUGCCUGUAUUCUCACCAGUCAGACCUUGAUGAGGUUACUGAGAUCCAGGGAGGCUGCAACUGCUGUUGAUGUGAAAACCUGGCCAACCAUCAUUGACACAGAUGACUUGCCCAGGAAGCGGCUACCUCAGGUCUACAAACCACCAACUCCAGAAAUGUUGGCCUACCUGGAUUUUAGCGUUUCUACCACAGGGAUGCUUACAGGAGUGAAGAUGUCCCAUGCAGCAGUCAGUGCCCUGUGCAGAGCCAUAAAGCUCCAGUGUGAACUGUACUCCUCAAGGCAGAUUGCCAUCUGUCUGGAUCCCUACUGUGGGCUCGGCUUUGCACUUUGGUGCCUUUGCAGUGUAUAUUCUGGUCACCAGUCUAUUUUAAUUCCUCCUAUGGAGUUGGAAUCCAACCUUUUCCUAUGGCUGUCCACUGUAAGCCAGUAUAAAAUACGAGACACUUUCUGUUCCUAUUCGGUCAUGGACAUGUGUACAAAGGGGCUUGGGAACCAGGUUGAUGUACUAAAGGCAAGAGGCAUUAACCUUUCAGGUGUUCGGACCUGCGUAGUGGUGGCAGAGGAGCGCCCACGAGUUGCCCUCACUCAGUCCUUCUCCAAGCUCUUCAAGGACAUUGGCCUGUCAUCUCGUGCAGUCAGCACCACCUUUGGGUCAAGAGUCAAUGUAGCUAUCUGUUUACAGGGAACCUCAGGGCCUGAUCCCACCACAGUGUAUGUCGAUCUGAAAUCGUUAAGACAUGACAGAGUACGGCUAGUUGAAAGAGGUGCUCCCCAGAGCCUGCUGCUUUCUGAGUCAGGCAAGAUACUGCCUGGUGUCAAAGUGAUUAUUGUCAAUCCUGAGACCAAAGGACCUGUUGGAGAUUCUCACCUUGGAGAAAUAUGGGUGAACAGCCCCCACACUGCCAGUGGUUAUUACACGAUCUAUGAUAAUGAAACCCUCCAAGCAGAUCAUUUCAACACCCGCCUUAGCUUUGGUGAUGCUGCCCAAACCCUUUGGGCACGAACAGGGUACCUUGGCUUUGUACGCCGGACUGAACUCACAGCAGCCAGUGGAGAACGCCACGAUGCACUGUAUGUCGUAGGAGCACUGGAUGAGACUCUAGAGCUGCGCGGGUUGCGCUAUCAUCCAAUUGACAUAGAGACCUCAGUUUCUCGAACGCACAGGAGCAUUGCGGAAUGUGCUGUAUUCACAUGGACCAACUUGCUUGUGGUGGUUGUGGAGCUCUGUGGCUGUGAACAGGAGGCCCUUGACCUAGUCCCUCUCGUAACCAACGUGAUCCUGGAGGAACAUUAUCUGAUUGUGGGAGUUGUCGUGGUGGUUGAUCCUGGGGUGAUUCCAAUCAAUUCCAGAGGAGAAAAACAGCGCAUGCAUCUCCGGGAUAGUUUCUUGGCUGACCAACUGGAUCCCAUCUACGUAGCAUACAACAUGUAAUUUUGGGAGUGCAGGUCGCGGCACCAUUUACAAACUUUUCAAGGACCAGUGAUGACUGCGGAAACAAAAAAGUCAUUUGACGAUUAGUGGUGACUGUUGCAAAGCUUGACUGUUGGGAAGCUAUCUUUCUCCUCUUCUCAACCUCUCUCUCUUUCUCCUCCUCCCCCACCCACUUUUUCUCUCUCGCUCGCUUGCUCUCUGGGUCAACAGCAAGAUGGACUGAUCAGAAAGCAAAAGAUGACAGCCAGUGAAGGACACUGUAUUGCAGGAUGCUAGCUUUACAGACAGUGGAAAUUGGCCUGCAUGAGAAAACAAACAAUUACUAAGGCCUUUAUUGUAGUGUUAACUUUUUCAUCUAUUGUACAUAUUUGUAUUUUUUCUAAUACUGUUUUAGGAUCCUAUGAGGGGUGGGUUUAUUUAGGUAAGAUGUCAUUGUGUAAGAAUGAGGUCAUGUGUGUCCUGCUAAUCCCCCCUUUCCCCUAAACAGUGUGCUUCACAACUGUAAGUUAGCUUAAUUCUGUAGUAUUCUGUUAAUAUGGGAUCACACUGCUUACUUAAACUUGUGCCAUGACCAAAUCCAAUAAUCCACUGAACUGAAGAAUUACUUAUUCAUAUAGAUAUUUCUUGAAUUUAAAAGAAGUUUUGCUUAUAUUUUAAAUAUGUAAAUAUUAAUAUGCAUAAUUCAUUUAUUUAGAAAAUCGGCUCAAAUAAUGAUGGCAUAUGAGGUAGACAUUAUCUACGGAUUUUAACGAAGUCUUUAAAUUGUGUGUGUUAGGCAAUUAAUGCAAGAAAUGAAGAUAAGGCUGUCCAUUCAGUUUUUACUGUUGUGUUGCUGGCCAGAGUAUAGCAUGUAGAAACUGAAGUUUUUAAGUCACAUGUUUAUAAAAGAGGCUGAAGUCCAUAAGCUUUAAAACCAUUUUAGAAACAAGAAGAAAAUUCUGCAACUCUGGAAUGUUUAAUAUAAUCUGUACAGCCUCUGCUUAGUCCUGUCAUUAAAUUGUGUGUAGGCAGGUCAACAGUUAACCAGAACUACUCAAUUCAUGGUCUAGGUCAUGAUUCCUUCCUUUUGUUCCUUGAUCAUUUGUGCACAGUACAGAUGCAACUGCCAGAGCAACUUUCACUCAAACUGGAAAAGAGCCCUGGCAUCCCUAUGAUGCACUUGCUGCUUUCUGGUUGGGACUCACUACUGCAGAGAGUGAGCUUUGGCAGAAUGUUUUCAGAGCAAGGACAGUGCAAUUCUGUUGAAAGUGUGGGGAAAUACCUCUCCAGAUAUUGUGAUUAGUCCAUCCAAAGUGGAUGAUUCCACUCUUCAAAGAAUUGCUAACAAUAGAUGCCUUAAAAUGUGCUGGAACCACCAUUGUCUGGGAAUGGUUUGCAGCCCCAUCUCCACUAGGAGAAGCAAGAUUUCAACUUUUUAUUUAGAUCAUCGUUUUUUGAAUUGCACCCUUAGAUUCUUCUUCCCCCACUUCCCCUUAUGUUUGUUAAAAAAACACUGAAAGCAGAUGCCUGAAAUGGUGACAACUCUUCUUGGGCCAUUUGUGGCCUAUUGUGUAAAUAGUUAGAAUAUUUUAAUAAUAUCUGUUUACCUACCCUGUAACAAAGUUAAUGUUUUUAGACAUUUUUAAGAGAGAUAUAAAUAUAAACUUGGAUUAAAUCCUCAAGAACAGCAGCUAUACUAAGUGCAGCUUUGACAACUGUCCCUUAAAACAAAUUCCAAAUGUAUACUUGAAAACCUUUCUGUACAAACUUUCAAGGUUUUUUUUAAUGGCCUAACACAUUGAAAUUUAGACAGUGUGUGUUUGGAUAUGUCAAAAAUAUUCACAGUUAUCAUCUGUGGUCAUACAUAAAGCAAUGGCAUAUAUCCUGAAGCAAAGAUUUAUGGCAAAACUAGAGGUAGUCCAUUGCUUCAAACCACUGAAAUAAUAACUACUGGUUUUUAGUGGAGACAGUCUGAAUAUUUUGCAUUAUCAGUAUUUCCACAGUAUGGUGCUGCUACAUAAAUGAAAAACCCUCCAUACUGAAGUAGUUUUAAUUCAUGUUCAAUCAUUUGGAAAACACCCACCCCACCAAGCAGUUACUGGUAUUUGGCAUGUGAACAGCAUAGUACAGAUGGGCUUCAGUAUCCAAAUAUCGCAUGCACUCCAGCCCUUAUUUAUUAACUGCAAUGUUGGCUAGUACGAGGUCUCAAUUUUGAUAACAAACCACUUUCUUAAUGUCCUUCCACUAAGCGGAAUGUUCCUCUGCCAACAAGUGUGGUGUUUUCUAUAGCUCUGUGACACUUUCCCUCCCCACACCUCUUUACACCAUAAAUUCUUGCCCAGUGUAACUUGAUAGAAAUUUUAUGUGCAGAACAGAGUACUUCUUAAGGUAGCAUUUUAGAAUUUCCAGCCUAGAAGACUUCAAUUGUAUUCCAAAUACUGGGGGAAGCAAUGCUGCCAAUCUCCAAUUGCCCCUUUGAUUUGCUUAUUAAGCAUUUCAUUUCUUUCCAGGUUAGUGUAAUUUUAAUCCAGAGUAUUUUCCUUCCUAAGGUUAUAGAAUUAAUACUCCCAGGAUUUCAAUUCUACUUGUUUAGGUAUAGGAUCUGUUCAGUGCUGCACAAUUCUUUGCCUUCUGGUAACGUGUACAAAGUGGCUGAGAUUCCAAAGGAGUGACUGUGGAAUCAGUGUUAUCUUUACCUGAGCUCUGACACUGGUUUGCUCUGUGUAGCUUUGGGUAUGUUAUUCCAUGUUCUCCAUCAGUAUGUGAGAUAUUGCAGCUUAUAAAUGGGAUUCAGUCAGGAUACAGUUCUCCAUAGGUUUUACUAAGUGAUCUAUUUUAAACUAGCUUGCCCUUCCUUUUUCACAUAGCCACCUAAGUAGUGAUGGUGGUGGUUUGUAAUAAAUCCAAAGAGAUAGAGCCAAUGUUGCCAGUCCAGGUUUUUUGGAUUUCCUUAUUAGCUCAGGUGAGGUUGAACAUACAUAUAAGAGAAUGGAUCAAGAGUGUCCCUUUUGUGAAUGGAGAUGACUGGCAUGUCUUCCCAGGCACCUGAAGGAAGGGGGAAUUUUUUGCUGAUUUCAUUCCCCUGCAGCACCCAUGCAACCUACCACUUUGUUCUGGGUUGACCUCCAAGUUUCCAGAGGAGCUUUUCAGAGGGCUGCAGGAGGAAGGAGGAAUCACCAAAAGUUGCUUUCCUCCAUUUCCUCUAACAGGAGCAUCCUGUUAGUGGAGUUUACUUCAUGAGAACUCUGGAUUCAAGCCAUUAGGUUUUCAACAGUAUCCAUUGCUAUGAAGCCGUUUGGAACAGCUGUUUUCCUGAGAAUUGGUUUACUACUAUGAACACAUAAUCAUGAACUAUCAUGUUUUACUUUCAGAGAAUUUCAGCUCUUAAGUAUGUUGAUGUAGCUAUUAUACCAGCCCUGUUCAUUUACACUGGUUUUCUGAUUUUAGUUGAUUGUGUAGUCAAGAAUGACAGUCCAUACUUAAGUGUGCUGGAGAUACAGUUAUACAAAACAACAUUCAUUGUCUUUAGCCCUAAAGGUGCUUUUUUUCCCUUUCUUUGAUGUCAAUACGUUUACCAUUGCCAGAUUCAGAUUACAACAAUGUAAUUAUGUAUAAAGUUUUUUUAUUUAUUUGAAAUUAGGUUUUAGAUAUACUUUUUUAAAAAAUUUAACAUCUGGCUGGACAGUGUUCCAUUAACGCAUUGAUUGUGUCUCCUUUGUCUUGUGUUAAUAAAUAAUGAUGCCUGGCUA